AUGGAUCCCGAUGCUAUGACUACACUGUUGGGUGAUGCUAUCUUUAACAUGGAGGAGGAAGAAUAUUGGGAAGCCUGCCAACACGCACUAAAGGAUCCUUCCAAAGCAAGGAUAGAUGAUGAAGAUGAUGAAGAAGGAGAAGCCCCUAGCAAGGACAAUGAAGUUAGCGAUAGCAAGGACAGUAAUAGUUAUGAUAGUGACAGUAAAGAUAGUUAUAGUGAUGAUAGUGAGGACAAUGAUGGUGGAGACAAUGACAGCGAAGACAGUGACUGUGAAGGAAGUGACAAUGAAGACUAUGGUAUCCGAGACAGUGGUAUUGAUAAGGGUGAACCCCCUAGUGAUAGAGAAGAUGAGGAUGCGGGAACCUUCUGUGAAGAUAAUUCUUAUGACGAGGUGGACUAUUAUGAUGAAGACAUAGCAAAUGAUGUGGAAGCUGUAGGGGGAGAUUAUGAUUAA